GAAGAGUGGAAAAUUCGAGCAGCUUCUCAAAUUGGCGCCUUUCGCGCAAGCGUGUGGAAUAGCAAGUAUAGUUUAUGCUAAACCCAGAAUGGCCUGAGUAUUUUAUUUUUUCCACGCCUAUUUGAAAGACCUAUUGGGGCUGGGCGGGGACAUUUCUAAGGCCCAACAAAUGCAGUGCAUAUUGCAGGCCUGCAAAGAUAAAUAUAACUCUCAACUGCGCGGAAGCGUAAGUGCAAGUGCCCCCUCGAAGGAACAAACGCACGCGGCAUCGUACAUGCAUAUAUGUACAUUUAAAAACUUACCUCCGCGUUCGUGUUCUUUUCGUUUUACCUCAGCUUGCCCACUGAGCCGGAAACAAAGCCCGCCCUGCGGAAAGAGGAACCACCCUCCUUGGGUAAAUUUCCGUGACGCAGUUAUCCGACCACGGGGGGUCUGCAGACCUUUUACGGAGCUUUGCAAAAAGGGGGAGGCACGAACCUCGGACAGUCGUGGCAACAUUAUUGCGAGGCUGCUCGGCACCGAUUUUUCUCCGCGUGCACGGGGUUUCCUCAAAGGAGGGCUCCACUAGUCCAAGUUGAAGCAGACUUGCUGAGGGGGAUCCCUCCAAGGGGACUUCACAAAAUAGGGACUUCGGAAGAGCCUCCCUGAGGAAGGAAGCCACACUAGCGCGUUUACCGUCCCUUUCACUGCCGCUUUUACUGCGCCGCCCCCUUACAACCCAUGGGAGAGAACGCCGGCAGCUCGGGGAGCAACCCCGUGAUCUCCAUCGGAAACAUCCGGGGGUUCGGGGGCUGCGACUACGGAUCGUUUCGUAUGUCCAACGAGUUCCUAGGAUGGAAAAACAAAAAAACGAACAGCGUAUACCAGUACAAGUGCAGCGACAUAAGUGAAGCGGAGUGGAUAAAAACGAGCUACAACAAUAACAGGCUACACCUAAAGUUCAGUGAGCAGAAAGACAACUUGAUCAUCUUUUUCGACGGAUUCCCAGAUAGAAAUACAUCCGAAAUAACCCAGCAUUUUCAGAAAUAUUUCAAUCUCAGAUUAGCUAGCAGGAAGCUAGCCACGAGGGGAUGGAACUGGGGAGAAUUCAAGCUGGAAAACUCGAACAUAACCUUUGACAUAGACAAUAAGUAUGCUUUUACCAUUCCAACGAACAGCAUCAGUCAGCUGAAUGUCCAGAUAAAGACGGACAUAGCGAUGGAAUUAAAAAAUGAGGAAAAUAAAAAAACGAAUGAAGAUUUCCUAUCAGAAAUACGCUUCUGUUAUCCUCAUGAAAAUGAUGAAAAUCAAAAUUUUCAAAAUUUUAAAAAUGAUUUGCUAGAAAAAGUAAAUAUAGGAGACUCCAAAAGUGAAUGCAUUGCUUCCCUUGCAAAUAUUCCUCUCCUGGUCCCAAGAGGAAGAUACGAAAUCGAAAUGUACACAAAAUCGUUCAAGCUACAUGGGAAGUCCUACGACUUUACCAUUCAGUAUACUAACAUAAAUAAAAUGUUGCUAGUGCCCAAAAGUAACUCCAAUCAGUACGUUUUAAUUUUUAGCCUAAAUAACAAAAUGAAGCAAGGACAAACUGAAUACCCUUUCAUUUUGAUUCAACUCAAUAACGAUGAUGAUAUGGAAUUGGAUAUCAACGCAAGUGAGGAAGAUUUGAAAAAAUAUAAAUUGGAAAAAUCACUCUCCGGAAAAGCAUACGAUGUAGUUACUAGACUGUUUACCGCUCUGGUUAAAAAGAAUGCCAUCAUCCCAGGGGACUACAGAACAGCAAAAAAUGAACAUGGCAUCACAUGCAGUUAUAGAGCAGCCAGUGGACAGUUGUACCCCCUAAAUAAAUACUUCCUUUUUAUUAUAAAACCGGUCAUCCUAAUCUCCUUUGAUGAUAUCGUCACACUCAGUUUUCAAAGAACGGGCAACAUAAAUCAACACCGUUUCUUCUCCCUAAUUAUAAAACACAAAAGAGGGAUGAGUUAUGAGUAUACCAAUAUUGAUAAAAGUGAAUACCUCCCUCUUUUGGAAUUUUUAAAAAGUAAAAAUAUACACAUUCAGGAUGAUGCCAAUGUUGCCGAUAAAAAACAGGACUUUGGCGAUGAACUCUCCGAAUCGGAUGAAGAGGAGUACGUUGCGGAUGAGGAUGAUGAUGACGAGGAGGAUUACGUCGCGGAAGAUGAGGAAGACGAUGACGACGAUGAGGCAGAUGAGGAGGAAGAGGAAGAGGAAGAGGAAGAAGAAGACGAUGAUAAGUAG